AUGAACGGUGGCGACUCCUCGCAGCACUCGGCGCCAGGCUCACCAAUGGGGCCCGACUCUAAGAAGAGAAAAUCCGUUCCUGGCUCACGGGGUGUGGCCAAUCUGACCCCGGAGCAGCUGGCCAAGAAACGUGCCAAUGAUCGUGAGGCACAGAGAGCCAUCCGCUCUCGGACAAAACUCACGAUAGAGAACCUCGAGAGGAGGAUCCGUGAGCUCACCUCACAGCAGCCAUAUCAGGAGCUGCAGGCUGCUCUCAGGGCCAAGGAGGCGGUCGAGGCCGAAAAUGCCGACAUCAAGCGGCGGCUGGCCUCGAUCGUGGCCCAAAUCAGCCCCAUCAUCACGCAGUCGCCUUCUGGGCAUUCCGUCAUGCCCUCGCCAGGCCAGUCCUUCAUACCCACGACGGCCACCCCGGGCCCUACCCAUGCCGCCGCCGCCGCCGCUGCUGCGAGUGUUAACAACACAUCGACGCCAUCCAGUGUAGCGUCCCCUCCAGCGACGUCUGUCGAUCCUUAUGCGCAGUGGAACUCGGCCGCGUCGAGCACCAGUGGUGGCCCUACUGCACCACCGCUUCAUGCGGCGUACAGGGCACAGCUGAGCCAGCAGCGACACGAGCUUGCUCAUGGCUUGGAGUUGGGCUCGGAGAGACUCGGCCUCGGCUUUCUCCUGGAACAGGUCAAGGGUUCCACCUCCAACAGGGCCCAAGAUAUUGCGCUGCAGAGCGCCAUCGACCCAGUCCUGCAGGGCGCGAUAGAUCCUGCCCUGUCGAACCACCAGCACCACUCGACGCCUGUCAAAAACUGCGAGCCGACCUGCACGCUGGACAGCCUACUGCUCGAGUUCCUCCGCGAGCGGCGGCAGCGCGCGGCCGAGGGUUUUCCCUCGCACGAGAUCAUUGGGCCUCGCUGGCCCAACAUAUCGUCCAUGCUGAACCCCAUGAGGGAAGCCCACCCGCUGUCCAAGGUCUUCAUCGACAUCCUGCACACCUUCCCCAACAUCAGCCAGUUGCCCGAGCGCGUCGCCGUGCUCUACAUCAUGUUCCUCAUCAUGCGGUGGCAGAUCGACCCUUCGCAGGACAACUACGACCGCCUCCCGGAUUUUGUGCGGCCCCUCCCCUGCCAGCUGUACAGCCCCCACGCCGCCUGGCUGGACCAUCUCCCCUUUCCCGCCAUGCGCGAGCGCCUCAUCCACGACUAUGCGCCACCAGAUGUCUUUCCCUUCGAGCACUUCUUUGUCCCUUACACCACCACCCUGAGCCUGAACUGGCCCUACGAGGACACCGACACCCUGCUUCAGGGCCCUGCCGAGACCGAUGAGCUGAUGAUCAACCCCGUCUUUGAGAGGCACCUGCGCAAGGCCGAGAACUGGUCCCUGGGGGAUGCCUUUGCGAGGGCCUUUCCAAUGCUUCAAGGGACCUAUAACCUCAAGCCGGACGGCAAGGCAUCCAGCAGUGGUGGUGGUGGUGGUGGUGGUGGUGGUGGCGGUGGUUUCGCCGAUGAGAGGAAGCACGGUCCUGAAACGCAAACAUGA